AUGCAAAGGUCCAUACUCAAACAUCUCGGGAAGGCUAGAACCCGAUUCGUCUGGUUAAGGGGCUCGCCUGGCACUGGGAAGACGGCAAUCUCUAUGAGUAUUGCUUCCACCCUUCAUAAGCAGCAUAGCCUAGCAGCCUCCUUUUUUUGGGAUAAGAACCAAAAGGGAACGGGCCUCGAUUCUUUGGAGCGGUUUCCUUCUACCCUUGCACGGCAGCUCGCGCACUGGAAUGAGGACUUCAAGGUGUUGCUCGUCAAACGCCUUCGGAAUCCAGAUUUGGAGUUGGUUCAGAGCCUUCCCUUGGAGACGCAAAUGAAGGUUUUGAUCACUGAACCAAUGAAUGAUCUCAUGGGGAUAUGGGCUUCGAGAGAGGGACGCAUUGUGAUCGUCUUGGAUGGGUUAGACGAAUGU